CAAGUUUCGUCAGUCUAUCAUUUAUGGCGCCAACAAUUUUUAACCAUUCGGAUGGAACGUUCUUCCUGCAUCUUGUUCAAACAAAUAUGGAGGCGCCCUCUUUACUAGUGAUUAAUGAAAUCAUGUAGUUCUGCUUGCCUUAUUGACAGCACAUUUUGAAAGCCCAGUGAAAAAAGGAAAAGAAAAACAAUGAAGAGGCCUCCAAAUACAGAUGUUGAAUCGGCUUCAUCUGGGUCUAAAAGACGUCGGAGAAUAAGCAGCAGUGAAGAUGAAGAUUUAAGAACAACUUCAAAUUCAGGAUUUACUGAAAAUCCUCCCUUGCAUAAAAUUUAUAAUAGUUCAAGCAGGAAAGAAAAACCUGAUGAGCUAUUUAGAAAAGAUUUGAUCAGUGCUAUGAAACUACCUGAUAAUGAACAGUUAGAUGACACUGAAUUUUGGGAUGUCACAGACUCUUGGAAGCAAGAAUGGGAAAGAGGAGUUCAAGUCCCUGUGAAUAUUAAGAACGUCCCAAAUCCUGAAGUGAGAAUUAUUGGAGGGAAAACAAAAUCGCCUGCAUUUAAACUGCCCAAGAAGCUGAUUAGAACCAAGGAAGAUAAUUUCUUUUCCAGUGAAAUCCAUGUUUUAUCAGACACUGCUAAAAAGUGUGAAAGUAUAUGCAAGUAUGAUUUGGAUGACCUAGAUUUUGAAUGGUUACAGCUGCUCAAUGAGAGACGUGACGACUUAGGUUUGUCUCUUGUUACUGAAAAUACUAUGGAGAAAGUUUUAGAAGAUUUUGAGACACAGUGCUCGAAUAGAUUUCAAGAUGCAAUAAAAAAUGAAAAAGGACUUGGUAUUGAAUAUGAUGAAGGCGUUCUUUGUGAUGUUUGUCGAUCGCCUGACUGUGAAGAAGGUAAUGAAAUGGUUUUCUGUGAUUCUUGUAAUAUUUGUGUUCAUCAGGCAUGUUAUGGUAUUACGGCAAUACCGGAAGGCAGCUGGAUCUGUCGACCUUGUGCCUUAAACAUAAAACCUCCUUGUAUCCUCUGUCCUAACAAUGGUGGAGCUAUGAAAAGUACUAGCAGUGGGGAAAAAUGGGCACAUGUAAAUUGUGCUUUGUGGAUUCCUGAAGUUGUCAUUGGUUGCCCGGAAAAAAUGGAGCCAAUAAUGAGAAUAUCACACAUACCGACUAGCAGAUGGGCUCUGAUUUGUUCUUUAUGCAGGGAAAGAGUUGGUGCUUGUAUUCAGUGUUCUGUAAAGCAGUGUAAAGUUGCUUAUCACGUAACCUGUGGAUUUGAGCAUGGCUUAGAAAUGGAAAUGAAAACAACACCUAUUGAUUCUAAUGAAGAAGGCGUUAAAAUGCAAUCUUUCUGUCAUAAGCACAGCAAAAAAGACAUUCCAGUUGAAAAGAUUCCAACAACAAAAUCUCCAAAAAAAUUCCGUAAGAAGAAAGAACCAAAAAACAAAGAUGUUGAAACUGAAGUCAAUGAAGUGGAUGCUCAUAAUGCAAGAUUACAAAAAAUUAGAUCUCUUGAAGCCCAGUUCCAUAAAUUUGUUAAUGUUAAAGACACGGCUGAAGAAUUAAAUGCAGAUUAUGAUGUGGUAGACUUUUUGUAUUAUUAUUGGGUACUAAAGAGACGAGCACAGUUCAACAAGCCACUACUGAUUGCAAAAUGUGAUGAAGCUAAUCUACUGCUAAUAAAACAGCAUGAAAAUUUACUUUAUUCCCGUCUCAAAAUGUUUGUUCAUUUGAGACAAGAUUUAGAAAGGGUAAGAAAUUUGUGCUAUAUGGUGAGUCGAAGAGAAAAGAUAUUUCGUUCUUAUGUGAGAAUGAAAACUAAUAUUUAUGAGAAACAAACAGAAAUUUUAUCUGAUUUGUCUUUGACGCUUUCACCAGAAGAAAUUACAGAAGUAUUGAAAGCUCGAGUUGGUGAUUCAUUGUAUGACCAAUUUUAUUGUGUGGUAUUUGAUGAUGAUAAAAAAGAUGUUGAAACUUCUGGGAUUACUUGUGAUGAAAAACCUGCUAAAACUGCUGUUAACAGUAUUUUCACCCGAUCUAGAAGACGCACAAUCUCUCAGAGCACACCUGAAUACAAUGCUGAAGAUGGAGAUGCUGAUAUGCCAAAACUAACGAAGUACAAAUCUGAGGAAAAUGUUAGCUCAUUUGAAAAGCGAAAUAUUCCGCAGUCACUUACACAUUCACCUUUUGUAAUUAAAAUAACCCCGAAAGUAGAAGUGGGUGAGAUGAAAAUUAAAAUCAAAGAGGAAGUAGAAAAUAUAUGUAAUGGUGCUACAGAAAUUGCAAAGGAUUUUUGUGAAGACAAAGUUUUGAAAACUGAACCCAACGACUUUGAAAUAUUCAAAAGCAACUCAGAAAAUGCAAAUUUGAAAUCAAAAAAGAUGAUGAACACCAGUGAGACAUCCAAUGAUAAGAAUUCUCUAUGUCUUAGUGAUAAAGAAAAUAUAAGUGCCCAUGCACCAGUGAAAAUGAAAAAGACUCGUAGCAGCCAGAUAGAGUUCAAAAAUGCCAUCCAUGAAAUAGCUGCACAGAAAGUUGAUUUAUUUGAUGACGAUAGUUCCCUUAGUGUUUCGAGUGACUUAAAUAACUCAGAUGUGAAAAAGAAUUUUAAGCUUGACAAGCGUAACACUCGUUACCAGAUGAGAACACGAAAUUACAGUAGUGAUGUUUUAGAAACUGAUGACAUUUCAUUAAAGUCAACUGAUUCUGUUAAUGCACAGAUAACAUUACCUUGUUCUGAAAGUGCUCUUUGCCCACCAGCCAAUAGUAUUGAAGAAUUGACAUUUUUAUCGAACGCGCACGACAUGACAGAAUUGGAGUGCAAAUCCAUAGACGUUUCUCCUCGCAAACGAAGGGGACGUCCUCGGAAAACUCCUCUCUCUGAAGUGUCGGAAACAACUUUUCCAGUGAUUAAAAGUGAAGUUAGUGAUAGCAGUAAAGGUAUUUCUUUUGAUGCUGAACUAGAAUUAGCCGAUUUAAACGAAGGUACUGGCUUUAGAAUGUCUUUGCGAACUAAUCGGGAACAUUUAAAUAAUAAAACAAAUGAUCCAAGACCGAAAAACAAACGAUCUGUUGUAAACAAAUUGGACCUCAUUGAUUCCUCGCCACUUAAAGAGGCUAAUAAAGAAAUACUUACAGAAAGUUCUCAGUGGACUUCUGUUGAUACCUCUCCAUCAAAGAAUUCCUCUGUUGAUCAACCACAGUCUAGAAUAAUAAUUAGGUUACGAAAGGAUCCGAACAGAGAGUCUUGGAAAAACAGUUCUUCUUCUGAUGAACCUGCUUUUACUAUUGUAAAUAAUGAAGAAAUCAGUGAGGAAAACAUCAAGUUUUCUCCUGACAAUGACAACAGGCAUCGCUAUUUAAUGCGUGAAAGAACUAUUCCUCCAAGGAGUGUAAAAUGUACAUUUCGGCGAAGCUAG